CUGUGGAAAGAUGCGAUCAGCGAAGCGCGGAGGCUUUUCCUUAAUUGCUCAUUUCGGUAACAGAGGCUAAACAACCUGAAACCAACCCUCUGUGGUCUCUCCUGUUCAAGCGAGAAGCUCCGCACAUCCACCACAGCGAUUAUCCAAGAAAUAUCCAUGUUGUAAGCAGACAACGCAGACUUUACCCGGCGGUUUUGGUUCGAGAGCUCCAGUAUGUCCAAGCGGCGCUCGUCGGAAAGGGGGGCUGGAGAAACAUCAGGCAGGGCCAGCAAGCUGCAAUGUCCUGGGAUAUCCGGCAAUAACGCCAAGAGAGCCGGACCCUUCAUCCUUGGGCCUCGCCUGGGCAACUCACCAGUACCCAGCAUAGUGCAGUGUCUGGCCAGAAAGGACGGCACUGAUGACUUCUAUCAGCUCAAAAUCCUUACGCUGGAGGAGCGAGUGGAUUCUGCAGGGGAGACUCAGGAGGAGAGGCAGGGGAAGAUGCUGCUGCACACAGAGUACUCCCUCCUUUCUCUGCUGCACAACCAGGACGGGGUGGUCCACCACCACGGCCUCUUCCAGGAUCGAGCCUAUGAAAUAGUGGAGGACAUGGAGGCCAACAAAGUGCGCAAGAUGAAGAAGCGGAUCUGCCUCGUGCUUGACUGCCUGUGCGCUCAUGACUUCAGCGACAAGACGGCAGAUCUAAUCAACCUCCAGCAUUACGUUAUAAAGGAAAAACGACUGAGCGAGCGCGAGGCCAUUGUCAUCUUCUACGAUGUGGUGCGUGUGGUGGAAGCCCUUCAUAAGAAAAAUAUUGUGCACAGAGACCUCAAGCUGGGAAACAUGGUGCUGAACAAACGGACUCACCGAAUCACCAUCACCAACUUCUGCCUGGGAAAGCACCUGGUGAGUGAGGACGACCUGCUGAAAGACCAGAGAGGAAGUCCAGCCUACAUCAGCCCUGAUGUGUUAAGUGGUCGGCCGUACCGGGGUAAACCCAGUGACAUGUGGGCUCUUGGUGUGGUCCUGUUCACCAUGCUCUAUGGCCAGUUCCCCUUUUAUGACAGCAUACCUCAGGAGCUCUUCCGCAAGAUCAAGGCUGCAGAGUACUCCAUCCCAGAGGACGGCCGUGUGUCUGACAACACUGUGUGCCUGAUCCGAAAGCUGCUGGUGUUGGACCCUCAGCAGAGGCUUACUGCAGGAGAGGUGCUGGAGUCUCUCAGUGGCAUCAUUGCAUCAUGGCAGUCUGUUUCCUCGUUGAGUGGCCCUCUGCAGGUGGUGCCAGAUAUUGACGAUCAGGUCAAUCACUCAGAACAUCUGCAAGAGGCCAAGGUGAUAGAAGAGUCUUCACAGUACGAGUUUGAGAACUACAUGCGCCAGCAGCUGCUGUUGGCUGAAGAGAAGAACACUAUCCAUGAGACCAAGAGCUUUCUCACCAAGCGCCAGUUUGGCAGCAUCCCACCUGUAAGGCGUCUGGGCCAUGACGCCCAGCCUGUCAGCCCGCUAGAUGCUGCCAUCCUGGCACAGCGUUUCCUCCGGAAGUAGUCCCCCAACGACCCACGGCGGCCUCCCUGACCACCUCCCCAGGGAGUACAGAGACCUGUGGAGUUCAGAGAGGACCGAGGAGGAUAAGCCCCGAAACUGAACUGGCAUACAGCAGGCCCAGCCUGAUCCAGGGUGCAAACAGCCCCAUGCGUAGGUGGGCUUUGGGCAAGCUAGGAGGAGCAGGUGUGAGGAGGGCACCGGAACAAACUGUCAGUUUAAAGACGUCCCUCCUCGUGUCUGGAUCCUCCAGUGAAACUUGUAAAAGCCCCGAAAGGAAGAUAUGAACCAAAGGUUCCUUGCUUUCAGGUCACCCACAGUCAGAUCUCACUGUGCAACCAACCUGAUGGCACAUUCACACAUGGGGCUCACACAGGGCUCGGUCAGGAGUGUUGAAGAGACCAUUAACCCCAUAUUCCUCCUCGUCCUUUUGAGAUCUCCCUACCGUAACCCUUCCCCCGUCAACUCUGGACCCCCUGAGCAAUACAGGACCAGAAUCAUGUAGCAACCCCCUUCUAUUCCAAGUGGUAAAUGGUAUUGCCUCGAGUCAGAAGCCCUGAUCACAGAUGUCACUUCUCUAUACCUCCAUUCCACCCUCCUCCUCUCACUCCUUCCUCUUCCUCUACUGUUCUCCCGCACCGAAAAAAUUAUCCAGACUGGUCCCGUCUGUAACUCUGACUUCAAAUCAAUCUACCUCUCUGUCUCUCUUCUCUGUUGGUAAACCAUGCUCACUGUUCUGAGACAAGGGAUUGUAACAAUGGAGUCUUGAUGCCACCAGUGACAUAAAGCAUUAAUGUUUUCUGUCAGUGACAAUGCUUUUUUGAAACUUCCUCAGUGGUUUCAAAAAAAAAAACUCUGAAUAAGCUUUUUUUUUUUUUUUUUUUUUUUUUAAUCAUCAUAUUUACCUUAAGUAGCAUUUCAUCCCUACCUUUUUUGAAGAUACUGAAUAUCAAAGUAUGCGUACAUGCAUCCUUUUGAUAUUUGCAGAUUGCAUUGUCUCCUGCUUUUGCUCAGCCCUGUGGAAAUCUAUUUUUAGCAUCUAGGCAGCUAGUGUGAGGUACCUGGAAGUCAAUGCCAAGAAAUGAAUGGGAAACACUGUUGGAUACUCCCUGCCAAGGCAUAUUGAUGGUAACGCUUCCUCAGUGCCAUUGUAGUGGAGAUCGGGCACUGUCACGUUUCUAUUGCCAAAAAUCACGUCUUAUACAUACUUUUAGCCAAGGAAACUGGUACACACAGCCUCACUCAGAAUCAAAUGGCUUCCAGGUAUUCCGACUUCCCUGUUUCUCUUUAUCAAGACAGAUCAUGGGGCAAGUGUUUUUCAGUAUGAAUGUGAACAGUCAUUCUACACUUUGAUAAGUCCGCAGUAUCCAAGAGUGUGUGCGUGUGCAUGUGUGUGUUUUUGGGCCAGGCAAAAUCGGAGUCUGCGGAGCUGUCGAGCUGUUCACCUCUGACAGCCACAGACCCUUUAAGCUAUCCUCCAAUCAUUUGUGUUCUGUUAUCUGGCCUGCCUCAGUGGCAGACACUGUGAAAACCAGAGCAGGCUUUGCUGGGAUGGGGCUUGACUGAAUGUUUUAGCGAUUUGUCACGAUUGUCAGGAAUGCUUUCUUAAGAUUGAAAAAUAUCACAUUAUUAUUAUUACUAUUGACGUUCUCAAGCCCUCUCUCCAGCUCAACUUGUACAGGCUUGUAUUAUCUCACCAUGUAGCUCUCUAUACAGAGAGACUAGCUGGUGGCCGGUAAUCGACACUUGUAAUAUUUAAUAGAGAAAUGAGAACAGACUCAUAGAUUUUAUGUUUAGUUGCUGGGUCUUCUUGGCUGUUGAUUCAUUCUUGUCUUUUAUCAAAGUUUUUUUUUUUUUUUUUUUUUUUUUUUUUUUUUUUUAAAACCAUGGCAAAGCUACUAACCAGUGACUGUUAGGCAUCUGUACACUGCAACUUGCCUUUGCAUAUUGGUACCUGCUUUAUGCUAUCUAGACUUCUUCCUAUUUAUAUCAAACUGAUUGCAUGAACAUAGGCUCUGGAAUAUUUUCAAAUGUCUUUACUUUGUUUUGUUUUUUCCUUGUAAUUUCAUGUUGAUUUAUUUAUUCACUUGUGUAGAC